AUGUCGGCCUUCACCACCGAAUCCCCACCUGCUUGCAAUGUCCGGACCUCACACCUCGCUGCCGGAAGAGACGAAGAAGACUUUGCUGCUUCUUCACGACUCCAUCGACCCUCGCUGCUGCGCUACCCCCAUCCCGUUCUUUCUUCCUCUCGUCAAGACCCGAAGACACCUCUCUCUUCGCCGAUCGAACCUUCGCGCUCGCACCUAGCAGCCGACCGAGAAGCAGCGGACGUCCAACCCUUCUCCGUCUGCUGCUGUCGCAGAACCACCCUCCGUCGUUGUCCCCGCUUGUUGUCGUUGGUAUGGAACCUCGACCGGCUACCACUCACUGCCACUGUAUCAUAAAUAUACCCGGUGGUUCGUUUUAAGAACGAGAAAUGUCACGUAACAAAUCUUACAAAAAGUUUCUCAAAAGGAACCGACUUCGAACGAUUGGAACUCACGCUUCAAGG